AUGCCCUCCGGAAAAGGAUACACUGUUACCGGCUCUGGUACCAACUCCCAGGGCAACCACUACUGCAACCGUGACUACGGUAGCAGCGCUUCCAACCAGAACAGCUACCACUACUCCAACACGAAUGGCUCUUACUACUACUCCAAUCCUAAUGGAAGCACCUACUACUCGAGUCCGUCGGGGCAGGGGACCUACACUCCCCCCCUCGGGAUCUGGAUCUGGAUCAUCCUCGAA